AAAUAUAAAACUAUAAACAUUCAAAAAUGUUUUAUUCACAAAUAAUCCUACAAAAUGGCCCUCAUUGGUGGUAGUGGUGGUUUUUCAGGAUCUUUGCCUACAAACUAUGAAUAUUUCACAGCUGAUGGCAUUAGGCAGGGUUUAAAUGCAGACCAAAGUUUCUUCACUUUAAAUGACAAACUCAUUCGGGUCUAUAGUGGGGCUAUGCACUAUUUUCGGGUGCCCAGACCGUACUGGAGGGAUAGGUUGAGAAAAAUUAGGGCCGCUGGUCUGAAUACUGUUGAGACAUACGUGCCAUGGAAUCUUCACGAACCACAAUCAGGCAAAUACGACUUUGGGAAUGGCGGUUCGGACUUCGAGGACUUCUUGCACCUGGAGGAGUUUCUAAAUACCGCAAAAGAAGAAGAUUUGUUCGUUAUCCUUCGUACUGGCCCAUACAUUUGUUCCGAAUACAACUUUGGAGGAUUUCCAAGUUGGCUCUUGCGGGAGAAAUCUAUAGCGUUUCGAACGUCCGAGACAACCUACAUGAAAUAUGUCACAAGGUAUUUCAACAUACUAUUGACCCUUCUCGCAGCUUUUCAAUUUACUAAGGGUGGACCCGUCAUAGCAUUUCAAGUGGAGAAUGAAUAUGGUAACCAAGAAGCCGGAGAUGAAUUUCAGCCAGACAAAGUUUAUUUAGAGCAACUUCGUCAACUAUUUCUUGAUAAUGGGAUAGUUGAACUGUUAGUGACUUCAGAUAGUCCGUUAUCGCAUCAAGAUAAAGGCACGUUACCGGGUAUAUUCUUACAAACUGCUAAUUUUGGACAAAACGUAAAUCAGCAAUUUGAUAAGCUUGAAGAACUUCAACCGGGACGACCAUUGAUGGCGAUGGAAUACUGGGUUGGAUUUUACGAUUUUUGGGGCACAAAUCAUAGCACUAAAGCUGACGAUCAAACUCGUACCUACUUGAAACAAAUUUUGGAAAGAAAUGCUUCGUUUAACGCGUACAUGUUCUUAGGAGGCACCAACUUUGCCUUUAACAGUGGGGCAACUUUUUCAAACGAACUUCUGGACAAUUCUGGAUUUGAACCCAUAACUACAAGCUACGACUAUGACUCUCCUUUGAGUGAAAAUGGAGGCUAUAAACCCAAAUACUACAUAUUUAAGGAAUUGGUGACCGCUGCCAAUCCAAUCCAAACCUACCUUCCCGAAGAACCGGAAGAUAUUGUACCUAUAGCUUAUGAGUCGAUAAGAAUCGAGAAAGUGAUACCAUUCGAAUCAAUGGUAGAGCACAAUACUCUUGAUCUUAUCUUCAGCAAGAAUGUUUUAUCAAUGGAGAAAUUGGAUAUCAACGAUGGCUCAGGGCAGAGCAAUGGACAUAUUGUGUACCGCAAGGAAAACAUCGACUUGAAUGAAAACUCGGUAUUAACUAUCGAAGGACACGUAUGUGAUCACGUGUUGGUACUGGUAAAUGGAGAACUGAUUGCUCCUAAGCAGCUAAAAUAUUUGUCCGAUCUGGAUGGCUUCGGAUUCUGGAGACUAGAAGGAUCCAGUCUGAUUUUAAAUGAAGAACCUAUCAGGGGUGCAACUUUAGAUAUCAUAGUCGAAGAGAUGGGUCGUUUUAAUGUGGGAAAGUUCAACCAGUACAACCACACUUUUAAAGGUCUUUGGCAAGGAAACGUAACUAUUAAUGGUGAGAAUAUUUACGAUUGGACAAUCAUGCCAUUGGAAUGGAAGACUCAAUGGGUAAAUGAAUUGGAAGGCUGGGAGGACUUAAGCGACAGGGCGCAAGAGGCACCGACUAUGUACAACAGUGUUUUACAUAUUUCUGACGAACCACAAGACACUUUUGUUGACACUAGAGGGUGGGGCAAAGGGUUGAUAUUCGUUAAUGGUUUUGCGUUGGGAAGAUAUGUGGCGAUUGGACCUCAAAAAUCCCUCUACUUACCGGGGCCACUUUUGAAAACAGGCGAAAAUCAAAUUAACUUUUUCGAACAUUUCUAUAGCCCUGAGGAUGGGUUGAUCAAGUUUACCGACCAGCUAAUUUUGGAAGGCGUAUUUUAAUCAUUCGUAAAAUAAAAAAUGACUAUUU